CUCUCACUACCCCCAUUGUCUCUCUCUCUGUCUAAAACUGAAGCUAGCUCUGGAUCUCCAUUUUUGGGACACAUAAAUCUAGAGAAACUUUUGAUUUUUUGGAGCUUAAUUUUAGAGAUCAAAACGACCCAUUAAUUCUCCGCCCAUUACAUGGAAGAAAAAUGGAAGCUUUCCAAGAAGGAAGCCGCCGCCGCCGCCGCCGCCGCAGCGUCCAGUAGCCACCACCACCACCAUUAUUCUCGUUCUAAUUCCUCCAAAUCCAGCAGCAGCAGUUUCUUCUCCAGAAGCGCUUCCACCAGAAGCACUUCCUCCAAAUUGCCACUUCUAAGAAGCCUGUCCCACAAGCACUCGGCCAGUACCUCCGCCGCCGCCGCCGCCAAGUCCCCCACCUCCGAUCUCCGCCGUAGCUCCUCCCAAAAAAACUCCUCCAUUGGCCACAAAUGCAGCAGCUUGGCCAAGGAGCAGAAGGCCAGAUUCUACAUCAUGCGCCGCUGCGUCGCCAUGCUCGUUUGCUGGCAUAAACAUGGCGAUCCUUAGCAAACAACAAAAAAAAAACACCAAAUUUAUUUCAUUUAUUCUUCAGUUACUCAAAAUUUUCAUGCCGGAUCUUCCAAACUCAGGGUAAUUAUUCCUUUCCUUUUUUUUCCCCUUCUUUUUUUCCUUUUUCUUUCCCAAUCUCAGACAAAUGGAAAAGAACAUGUACGGAUUCCAGAAAAUUCCACCCCCUACCCCUUUUUCCUUUUUCCUUUCCUAAUUUUUCCCUUUUUUUCAUUGGUUAGAUUCAAAUGUAAAUUAACUUUAGAGGGUUAAAGUCGAUCCAGCUACAAAUUUUCCCAAUACCCUGUAAUAAUUAGAGAGAAUCACAUUAUUGAUUUUAAUUUUCCA